CUACAUGGCACUACACGAACGCCAUUAAAUGUAAACACUGAAGGGCUAGACCUGGUGCUGGUGCCUCCUCCCACCUCCAGCAACACAGUUCACAGACUGACACGAACGGCCCAAGUUGUUGAUACAUAAAUAAUGCAGGGACAGAAUGAAGACCUCUGGGGCCCAGCCACGUCACUGUCUGCUACCUCACCUGCGGAAUCCCUGGAUUUCGAGGAUGCUUUCUCUCCCCCACAAGAUACUACUUCCGGAGGCAAUACUCAGCAACAAUCCGCUGAUGGUGAUUAUGUCCCCCUGGAUGACUCCUCACAAUAUUUAGCUGGACUUGAACGCAAGUUGGCUUGUGUUCAAGGCCGUACCACAGCUCAUAGACAGACAGAGAGUCGCAGACUUAUUGAUGCUUUGGCAACCUCAAGGGACGACCACGCACACCACUUACUCAACAACACUAACAAUAUUGGUGCGGACAGUGAUGUUCUCGAGCCAGACAAUGACCGUAGUGGAGCUCUUACAGCUGCAACAGUAGACCCACAAGGUGCCCUGGGUGCCAUGUUAAGGAGAGUUGCACCAGAUAAAAUAGCUCUUGCUCCUGAGGAACUGUGUCGUCUACUGGAGGCCGACAUACUAUCCAAGGUUCACGAUGCUCUGGAGGAAGAGGCUCAGGCUCCACACCCACCCACACAACAUUCCAAAAACACCUCGGAAGAAGACCAAAGCUGUGAGGGUGUCAGAUCGGUCGAUGGCUCCACAGAGAACAACACAAUAAAACUUGCAGACCAGAAGGAUCCCUCGUCAGAUGAAGGAGAAAAGUAGUGAUGGUUAAAUGGUGAUGUUUGUCUGUGACGGUGUACAAAUCAUAGGUGUAGAGAUACUGUAUAUUGAUAUUACAGUAUCUGUACCGUAUAUAAAUAAAUAAAUGCCUUGCGGCUUGUUCUCGUGUUCCCAAGUUUAUAUAUAAUUGUUCUAUUUUUUGGUUUAAUCAAAAUAUUAACCUGAACUGCAAAUUCUUAGAUAAGCAAUAAGCAUGCAUCUCACCUCUUCCUGUAUAGUAUUCCUGUUAGAAAACUUUGUGAUUUUUUUCUUUUUUACAUUAUUGAUCUGUAUACCGAUGUGAGCAUCUUCGCUACUAGGCAUCAGUAACAGCUGUAGCUAUUUAGUGGAUAAAUAUAAUCCUUAUACAGGUACAUACUGUAUACAGUAUAUAAACAGGUAAUCACAAGGAAAUAGAAACAUUAUGUUGUCUUGCAUAAUAAUCCCUUAACGUCUUAGGUACUUUGCUGAUCAUCUCACAUGUAACGAAUUUUUUUUUUUUUUUAGAUUAAACUCUUGUGUACAGAGAGUCUCUCGGUGACGGAUAAAAUAGCAAAAGUGGCGUCAUGUAAAAGAUAUAAUUUAACUUGUUACCUAGGUAAUUCCAGUUGCUGAAAACAAAACGUGAACUAGCUUAUGAAAGAACUUUGACAAGGGUAUGGGAAAAACACAGUUUACAAAAUGUUCAGAAACAAGAGUGACAAAGAAAUCAUAAACUGUGUCAGUACUGUGCAGGUUAGGUUGGAAAUUUCUCUCUCCCCAUCAGUCGGUCAGUCAGACUCGUGCAUUGCAAGUGACUGACAUGGGUAGAACCUUGUUGUUGGUACACUAGAAGGAAAAAAUCGACUUCUUGCCCCCAUUUCCCUUGUGGGAUGGCUACAUCACAUACUGCUCUCUGUCCAUUCUACAAUUCUCUUCCACUUGGAAUACUCAUCUACCACUGUUAUCCAUCCUUUGUUAUCCUCUUCUGUAUCUGUCUACCUUGUUCUUGGUCUACAUCCUCCUUUUAUCCCCCAAUUCUGUCUUCCAUGCUUUCUUUCCCUGCUUCCCAUCAUCCAUAUACUGCACACAAGAAGGAAAGUACAGGUAUAGGUCAAAUAUUAGCAACACAACUACAAACACAAAAUUAAAUAUUAUUUCUUUGUUAUCUUUAGAAUAAGUUGUCUUGAAUGUAUAUCAUUUUAAAUAUUGUAAUAUGAAAAUAAAAAUUGUUAUUUAACACAUGUUA